AGCUUCUAAUAUUUUUUUAUUAAUUCAAAUUUAUAGGGAGCCUUCGGAUAAGGAAAAAAAAAAAAAGGAUUCAAUUUUUUUUUCAAUGUAACAGUAAUUAUAUUUUGGGGCUACGCACACAAGCACUCCUUAAUUAAUUAUCUCACUCCGUGUCACAAUUGUUGGAUUGUUAUGUAAUUCAUUUAUUAUUUAAUUUAGAAAUAGUGGAGGCCGAUUUGGAAUAUAAGAAGAAAAUGAGGGUAUGAGUAGAAAGGGAGAAGAAGCUAUAAUAAUAAUACAAGAGUGCCUGAGUUUUCUAAGUAUUUUUGUGGUGAAGUCAGUCAUCCUUAGCCGCAAGAUUAACAAUGGUGUGCCUCUUAUCUGCCACGUAAGAGGUUCGAUGUGGGACCCGCGUGAUUAGUCUCCCGCCUCUUAUAAAAUUUUAUACUAACUCUCUCUGUCCUUCAUUUUUGGGUUCUCUCCCUCUCUCUCUCUCUGCAGAUUUUCCCACUUUCGCACACAGGGAGAGUUUAGAAAGAUGGAUUACGUGAAUGGGCCGGGAAGGAACCACCUGUUCGUUCCGGGGCCUGUGAAUAUCCCCGAUCAGGUGAUUCGAGCAAUGAGCAGAAACAACGAGGACUACCGCUCUCCGGCCAUCCCAGCUCUCACUAAAACAUUGCUCGAGGACGUCAAGAAGAUCUUCAAGACCACCUCUGGAACUCCUUUUCUCAUUCCCACUACAGGGACGGGUGCAUGGGAGAGCGCGCUGACGAACACACUGUCACCGGGCGACCGCAUCGUGUCGUUCCUGAUCGGGCAGUUCAGCCUGCUGUGGAUCGACCAGCAGCAGCGGCUGAACUUCAAUGUGGACGUGGUGGAGAGCGAGUGGGGGCGCGGGGCGGACCUGGACGCCCUGGCGGCGAAGAUCGCGGAGGACAAGGCCCACACCAUCAAGGCCAUCUGCAUCGUCCACAACGAGACGGCCACGGGCGUCACCAACAACCUGGCCACCGUGAGAAAGAUCCUGGACCGGUACCAGCACCCGGCGCUCUUCCUGGUGGACGGCGUGUCCUCGAUCUGCGCCCUCGACUUCCGCAUGGACGAGUGGGGCGUGGACGUGGCCCUCACGGGGUCGCAGAAGGCGCUGUCGCUGCCCACGGGGAUCGGGAUCGUGUGCGCCAGCGGCAAGGCGCUGGAGGCCUCCAAGACUGCCAAGUCGGUGCGGGUGUUCUUUGAUUGGAAGGACUACUUGAAGUUCUACAAGAUGGGGACUUAUUGGCCCUACACGCCUUCCAUUCAGCUGCUCUAUGGCUUGAGGGCCGCGCUCGAUCUCUUGUUUGAGGAAGGCCUUGACAAUGUUAUUGCAAGGCACAAUCGCCUUGCCACCGCCACUAGGCUGGCGGUGGAGGCAUGGGGGCUCAAGAACUGCACUCAGAAGGAGGAGUGGUACAGUGACACCGUCACUGCUGUCGUGAUUCCGGCCUACAUCGACAGCGCCGAGAUCGUGCGGAGGGCCUGGAAACGCUACAACUUGAGCUUGGGUCUCGGCCUCAACAAGGUGGCUGGCAAGGUUUUCAGAAUAGGGCAUCUUGGCAACCUUAACGAGUUGCAACUAUUGGGGUGUCUUAGUGGGGUGGAGAUGGUUCUCAAGGACGUCGGGUAUCCGGUGAAGCUCGGGAGCGGCGUCGCCGCUGCGGCGGCAUACUUACAGAACACCACUCCUUUGAUUCCUUCAAGGAUUUGAUUUCUCACAAAUAUUUUGCUUAUGUUAUAUGCUCAUACUGUAAAAAUUGCAACUUCAUUUCGAACUCCUCUAUCUUUGUAUUCGGUUUAAGUGUUCCGUAAUGCAACUUUCUCAAUAUCUUAAUGCA